AUUGACCAAUGGUGAGCAGAGAGGGGCCGGAUUGGCGAGCGCCCACGUCGCUCCAUCUUUUUAAAAACCACCGGCCUCACGCCUCCGACUGGACAACUGCGGCCCGAGCGGCGACAACACUUCUCAGCAAUCUCACACACCUGAAGGAACCGGGGACCGGUUCACUCCGUUGUGCUUUUUGAUUAACAGAGUGGCAUCAUGUCGGGAUUAAAAAUAGCGGCCUUCCUGCUUGCUUUCCUGGCUUCUGCGGCUCUGGGCCAAGAAUUACGAAGGGAGAGUGCAUCAGUCAGGAGCAGGAGAGCAACGCCAAAAGGUUUUGUAGAUACGCGAACGACAGGUCUGACAGAGUGGACGUCAUGGUUCAACAUUGACCACCCAGGUGGGAACGGGGAUUACGAGCGCCUUGAGGCCAUCCGCUUCUAUUACCGGGAGAGAGUGUGCUCGAGACCCACAGCGAUGGAGGCUCGCACCACAGAUUGGGUUGCUGCGGCAGAAACGGGAGAAGUCGUCCACUCCAGUCUGGAGAAGGGCUUCUGGUGCAUCAACAAGGAGCAACCCUACGGACGCACCUGCUCCAACUACCAUGUCCGCUUUCAAUGCCCACCAGAGCAGAGUUUCUGGACCGCGUGGGGCGAGUGGGGUCCAUGCACGACAACCGUUUGCAGCGAUGUGGGCAUCCAGGUCCGCCAGAGGAGCUGCAUGAGCACGCAGCCAAUGCCUUUGCUCUUGGUUCCUGCUUGCCAGGGCCACCAUUCGGAGAGGAGGGAGUGCUCCACCCCUCCAUGUACAGCCAAGUGGAGUCCAUGGGGUCGCUGGGGGUCUUGCUCAGUGACAUGUGGCGGGGGUCGGAGGAUCCGAAGGAGGACUUGCGUGAGGACCUCGGAGACAUUAGAGUGCACCGGACGCCCCACUGAAACUCAAAAGUGUGGCAAGAGUCCAUGUCCAGUCAAAUGUCAGCGCGUUUGCGCCGAGGGCCGCCCAGAUGAAGAUUGCGGCCGCUGCGUGUGUGAUGGCCACGUCCUGCACGGCAACGUCCACAGUGUGACGGGGGUCCCUGUGGCGGGGGCCUUGGUGGCAUUUGCCAGCCGUCCCAAAGUCAUCCGCGCCCGGACGGAUGCCAAAGGCCACUUCAGGUUGCAGGGAAUCUGCUCGUCCAACGUCACUUCGCUUAUCAUCAGGAAGGAUAAGUUUGCCCCCGUUACCGUCUCCUCCAGCAGUAACAGCACCGGCCUUUCCUGGGUGUCUGCUGUCCUCAGAUCAGCUGAGAAACCUUACAUUGUGAAGCACCCCGAGGACAAGGUACGUUACGAGGGUGGCCGUGUGCUGCUGUGUUGCAAAGCGACAGGAUCUCCAACACCUGACAAAUACUACUGGUACCACAACGACACUCUGCUGGACAGAAAAUUGUACAAGUACCAAGAAGAGCUUGUACUGAAAGAUCUGAAGCCGGAGCAGGCUGGACAGUAUUAUUGCAAAACCAGCAGCUCUGCAGGCAGCAUUAAGUCCUCCCCAGCAUCCCUCACUGUCAUUGCAAAAGGAGCGCCAGCGUGCAAUUCCACCCCCGAGGCACAUCUGAUCAGACUGCCGCUGGAUUGCGUACAACCCGGGACGAACUCCAAGUUUUACAACGCUGGCCGCUGCCCUCAUAACAAAUGCGCCGGCUCUCUGGACUUUGAUAUGCGCUGCAGAGAUGGCGGCGGGUUUUGCUGUGGUGUCCAAGCGAUGGAAACUCGGACUAUUGACUGCGGGAGCUACAGCCUUCCGAUCCGGGCCGUAUCCCAGUGCAGCUGUCAGAAGUGUGUGCAGCCAACUGUGCUCGUGCGAGGCAGAGUGGUCACGGCUGACAAUGGUGAGCCACUGCGGUUUGGUCACAUCUACAUCGGCAAACAGAGGGCCGGCACCACUGGAUACCAGGGAGGUUUCACCAUACAGGUUACUCCCGACACACAGAGAUUGGUGGUGAAUUUCGUUGACCCCGCUCAGAAAUUCAUUGACACGCCGAAGGUCUUCAUUUUGGACAAGAAGGGUGGGUCGAUCUACCAUGAUGUGAAGGUCAUGAGGAAGCAGGCUCCAAUUGAUAUAGAUUCUGGUGAGACCAAUGCUAUUAACCUGGGAGAAAUGAAAGGGGAAGACCCGAUUGGGCAGUUGGUCAUCCCAGCCAAUUCCUUCCACAAAGACAAUGGAGACGUUUAUGAGGGAACCGUAAAGGCCAGCGUCACUUUCAUAGACCCCAGAAACAUCACCACGGCUUCUGCCACCCCUGGCGACCUCAAUUUUGUGGACCCCGAGGGUGACAUGCUCCCUUUGAGGACCUACGGCAUGUUCUCAGUCGACUUCCGUGACGAGAGCAACAAGGAGGUGCUCGGGGCCGGAGCGGUCCAAGUCCUUCUCGACACGCAGCAUGUCAAAAUGCAAGAGCACAUUCCCAAAAUGAAACUCUGGUCUUUAAAUCCCGACACGGGUGUCUGGGAAGAGGAAGGCGACUUCUCAAGCACAACAACUACAGGUGGGCAUGGACGGAGCAAGCGUGAGGAGCGCACCUUUCUCAUAGGCAACAUGGAGAUUAGAGAGCGCAGGCUCUUCAAUUUGGACGUGCCUGAAAACAGACGCUGCUACGUCAAAGUCCGCGCCUACAUGAGUGACAAGUUUCUCGCUGUCGAACAGCUGGAAGGCGUAGUCAUCAGCCUGAUCAACCUCGAACCCAAGCCAGGAUAUUCCGCCAAUCCAAGGGCAUGGGGUCGCUUUGACAGCGUCAUAACCGGUCACAACGGGGCUUGUUUGCCUGCUUUCUGUGACGUCCAGAGGCCCGAUGCUUAUACUGCAUAUGUCACAGCAAUGAUGGGUGGUGAGGAACUGGAAGCAGCUCCUUCUUCCCCGAAGAUGAAUCCAAACAUCAUCGGUGUGUCUCAGCCAUAUCUGGAUAAAAUCGACUACCAGCGCUCAGACCACGAAGAUCCAGCGCUGAAGAAAACAGCUUUUAGAAUCAAUUUGCCGAAGCCCAACCAAAAUAAUCUCGAUGAAACCAAUGGGCCCAUUUAUCCGUACCAGAAUUUAAUAGCCUGCGAAAAUGCACCCGUGGAUGCAAAUCAUUUCAGAUUCUUUCGAGUGGAGAAGGACAAGUACGAAUACAACGUGGUACCCUUUGAGGAGACGGAUCUGACAACCUGGACGGGGGACUACCUCUCAUGGUGGCCGAACCCUCAAGAGUUCAGAGCAUGUUUUAUCAAAGUCAAGGUCCACGGACAGAAGGAAGUGAUGGUCAGAUCGAGAAACCUGGGAGGAUCGCACCCAGAGACCAUUGACAAACUUUAUGGCAUCCGAGAUAUCCGCAGCACUCGGGACAUGCGAGAGGCCAACACGUCGGCAGCUUGCGUGGAGUUCAAAUGCAGCGGCAUGUUGUUCGAUCAAGCCGAGGUGGAUAGAUCCCUCAUCUCAAUCAUUCCACAAGGGAACUGUCGCAGGAUCGCUACCAACAGCCUCCUACAGGAGUACCUCAUCAAACACCCCCCCGUUGCGCUAAGCAAUGACUCUCAUGCCUUCACUAUGUUAGCCCCUGUGGAUCCUCUGGGACAUAAUUAUGGCAUAUACACGGUCACGGACCAGAAUCCCAGGGUUGCUAAAGAAAUCGCCAUCGGCCGCUGCUUUGACGGAACCUCGGACGGUUUCUCCAGAGAGAUGAAGUCCGACUCGGGAGUGGCUUUGACUUUCAACUGUCCAGAGAGGAAAAUCAACAGAGAAAGCCUCUUCCAGCGGCUGCAGACCAACCCGGGACUGACGCUGUCACAGAUGGCGAGGGAUAUGAGGCAGAUGGAAGGUAUGCAGGUGCAGAGGUCAUCCACUCGAGUAGUAGCCUAUCCCUCCGAGCAACAGGGCAGGACCCAGAGUCGUCGGGUUGUCACUACGAGCAGGAGGAGGACAGUUGCGCGCAUACAACAACGCCAGUGAGAGAGUCAAGAGACCUUCGCUCGAAGCGACUCGGAUCGUGGGAGUAAAACCUGACAUUCAGCUCAAGGAACUUCCACUCUACUGUGGAAAUCACCGCACUCAGACAAACAGCAAAAUGUUGAGCCUGGCUGAAGAUAUACAAUAAUCUUUAUGUUGACUUGAAGGGUUUGCUAUAUUAGUAUUUUUUUCUCCUCUAUCAUCCCUCCCUGUAAGACCUCCCUCCAUCCUGUGGCUAUAUGGAAAGCAGUAAGUGGCAUGUAUCUAAACGUUCUGGUUACAUUUUUUUUGUCUGAAAGUCGUAUUUGACUUUCCAGAAUGUACAUUCUAAAGUGCUAAUUUGCGGUAAUCUGUGGUGGCACCCAAUCAAUGUAAAAAUUGUUUUCCAAUGAGCGUCUCUAAAUGUUGCGGACCCUCUCUCUUCGAACUGAGAGAAUCAAAAGAGAGUGACUGAACCACCUGUCACAGAGGACAUUUUCAGACAUUUAUGUUGUGCAUGGAUACGUCACUUGGUCGGCUGAGAUUCAGCAAUACAAAUGUCCAUUUAAAGCAAACUGGCAUCAUGGCGUGACUUGACACAUUUGCUGAUAUGUUACCUAAAAAAAAACCAUACGUAAUUGCUCGGGGUCAAGAUUGAAUUUUUGUUCAGCUUUUCUGUGUGUGUCAUGAAUUUGUGCAAUGAGAACAUCGUAUAAUGUAACUAAAGGAGCUCUUUUUUGUUGUUGUUUUUAAAACAUAAAACAACCUUUAAUAUGGGAAAAUUGUUUCCUGUUUGUGGAAAGGCUCCACAGUUACAUACUUUGGUAGGUGCUGCUGUUUUGGAUAGCAACUGAGUUAAACCGUCAACAGUUGCAUUUUAUGUCAGCCUGUGGACAAUAACGUAUCAAGAGGUCAUUCGAGUUCAGCAUCUCUUCACUGAGGGGGGAACAAUUGCGACUGUUGGCGAAUUUAGAAAAAUGCGGGUUCAUGCCGUCAGGUUUCGUUCAAGCUCGCAAAUGUCCAAAAAUACAUUUGCCUAACGUUUGCCAAAGGUUUUAAUGAUUUUUCUAAUUGCAAGGACAUUUUGAACACAGAGAGGAACAGUACAGAUGAACGUCUGCUCACCGUUCUGCAAACAUUUGCUGGCUUCAAAAAAACACUCGCAGCUCAGUGGGAUAGGGGCUUUACAGCCACUUUUAAGGCAAUUUAAUUUCUUAAAACACUCCUUCUAAUCUUGCUUCCCUUAAGACUAAACUUACAGGAUUUGACAACUCUCAGCGUGAUUCUUACAAACAGCAGCAAUAAUUUAACAUGUUCGUAUAACUCUACAGUAUAUUAAGUGUAUCUUGAAUUAUUCUCAUCAUUUUACACGUUCAAAUUUAUCUGGCCGCACGGUGGUCGACUAAUUAGCAUGUCCGCCUCACAGUGCAGAGUUGCAGGGUUCGAUUCUGGCUCCGGCCUUCCUGUGUGGAGUUUGUAUGUUCUCCCCGUGCUAGCGUGGGUUUUCUGCGGGUACUCCGGUUUCCUCCCCCCCAUUCCAAAAUCAUGCAUGGCGGGUUAACGGACCACUCUAAAUUGUCCCCAAGUUUGAGUGUGAGCACGAAUAGUUGUUCGUCUAAGUGUGCUCUGCGAUUGGCUAGCAACUAGUUAAGAGUGCCUACUGCCCAAAAACAGCUGGGAUAGGCUCCAGCACACACAAGGCACUGGUGAGGAUAAGCGGAUUGGAAAAUGGAUGGCUGGACGGAUAAAAUGUUAAGAUAACCUCUCCAUGCCAACUAAUCCAAAAAACCAGCCAAGGGUAUCGGUGGUCCAUUGGGGAUCCCAGAACCGUCCGAGACAUAAACACACUUGUGUGGUUGAUUUGAAAUUAACUGUGUCUUCCUUUGGGAGUCAUUACCGCAAAUAUUCAUUAACAAACAAACAGGCACACUCCAUUUUGGAGACAAAAAAAGUAAUUAUGGCAAGCGGGUGAAUUCCAUUACCAUCACAAUGGUACCAUCACAUUUCUGAGAUUAGAAAUCAAAUCUGCACUUGUCACUCGGCUCACGGUCACGCUGACGGUAAAUAGGUGUGAUCCCGGUUUUAAAUUUCCAAUGCAUGUUCUUUGUUUUCUCCCACAUCCCCCAAAACAUGACUCUUGGGCGAAUUGAUAAUUGAAUCCAGGAGCGAUAGCAACAGUCUGUCAGGUCAUCAUGACGUCAAACAUCUGCGGAGCAACUGGAGGAAAUGUUAGACCUGCACAGACAUCUGUAGAAAGAAGAGCUCGUGAUGGAUGAAAUGUUUGGUCAAGGAGGAAAAAGUGAAGUAAUUGGGGUCUUCGCAGUCCAUCCCGAGAGGCUUGAUGACAAGCGGUUGCACGUGCAAGCGAGAAGAAUGCUUUGACAGCAGCGGCAGCUUAUUCAUGAGAACAAAGCGGAAGUUUGAGCGACAAAUUAACAAUCAUCACAGCCUGGCCAAGGCCUCGCAUGGGAAAGAAAAGUGUGCCGCUUUGGAACAUAAAAGGACAGUUAAGAGGCAAAAUAUUUUGCAGCGUUUUGGGGAUGAAAUGAUGCGACUUUAAGCCUUACUCGAACCGACAAAGCACACACAAACAAGAUUUAUUCUGCGUGGAAAGAAAAUGUUGAUCUCAGUGGGAAGGGCAUUCAUCGUAAUAACAUUUCCACUUGGCGGAGAGUUGUAAAAUGUUAGACUGACAAAUCAGGGGGGGUCGGAGAUUGAAUGUCUUCAGCUUUGGGCCGAUGUCGAAAUCUUAGCUUUAAGAAUAGGAAUCCGAGCCAACUUUCAGGAAUUCAACGCUUGCUGGCAACGUUUCCAAUAGUUGAAUACCAAUUGCUGAAAACGUUUUUGACAUUGACAGACAUAAACCUGGAACUCCAAACCAGCAGAUAGAUUUGCUUGCUCUUUCACGAUCUGCUUUCGACAAUCAGGCUACAUUACAUAACAAACGCUCACACGAUGAAAGCAAACUUUAUAUAAAAGGAUAUUGAUGCAAAAUGUCAGAAUAGCAUUUUUUCUGGCCAUUUCCCACCGGGGGUCGUAUCAGAGCUGUGACAUUGAUUAUUGCUUCCUGUGAGCUUGUGAAUCAAAUGUUUUUUUUUUUUCAAUGAGUCAGAUCCAAUAGGCUUGAAGUAACUGAAGCCACAUAGUGGACACAUAGUGUUGAUUAUUUAACACCAAAGUAAACAGGUAUGUGUAAAUCUUUUUUUUUUUUUUUGGCACAGUCCAGUUGGUCCCAACCAUAAUUCAGCCCAGAGGUCAUCCUUGAACAUUCUCCCACUACUUCUAGGUGAAAGUUUGCACCUGCCCCUCUGCUUUGCAGGAAGCCGCCUUGAAUUGCAGCUUGAACAGCGUUAACAUUUGCAUGGUGAUACAGGUCACUUUUCAUGUGUAAAUGGUGUAUUGUAUAAACUUUGUAUGAUUAAGAGACUGUAAAUAAAUGUUUGUGAUGA